UCAACACUGCGUUUGAAAGCAAGGAAAGCACACACAUGUCAAUGGUUUUUGAGCUGAUCGAUUGACAAUCAGUUCGGCGAAGAAAAAACGAAUAUGAGCUAUCAACUGUACCGAAAUACGACUUUGGGACACACCCUUCAGGAGAGUUUGGAUGAGCUCAUUCAGUAUGGCCAGAUAUCACCCCAGCUUGCUUUGAAGGUCCUGAUCCAGUUUGACAAAGCAAUCAACACUGCUUUGGCCAACCGUGUGAAGAACAGGAUAACAGUAAAGGGUAAACUGAACACGUACAGAUUCUGUGACAAUGUGUGGACCUUUGUGCUGAACAAUGUUGACUUCCGAGAAGUGCAUGAAUUUGCCAAAGUAGACAAAGUCAAAAUUGUUGCUUGUGAUGGAAAGAGUGCUGCAGGAGAACAUUGAUAGCUGUAUGUUGAGAUUGGUACCAGUGAAAGUCUGUGUGUAAUAGUCAAUGAUUUAUGUGUGAGAGAAGGAAACUGGAGGCUACAAGGGUGUUACUGUGUGUGCAAGGGAAGGGAGGUUACUGUGUGUGCAAGGGAAGGGAGGUUACUGUGUGUGCAAGGGAAGGGAGGUUACUCUGUGUGCAAGGGAAGGGAGGUUACUGUGUGUGCAAGGGAAGGGAGGUUACUCUGUGUGCAAGGGAAGGGAGGUUACUCUGUGUGCAAGAGAAGGGAGGUUAUUCUGUGUGCUAGGAAGGGAAGACAAUUCAAGAUGAAAGAGAAUUGAAAACACUUUGGGCAUGAAAGUCACCAAUAUUCUUGGUGUUGGGAGAGACUUGAGACUGAAGGGGGUUCAGGGAAUGCAAAAAACUCUUUUAGAGUUUUAGCUUGGUGCAAAAAUCAUUUUUAAGAAAGACUGAUGUGUGUAAUGAAAAAAAAAGAAAUUAUUUUGUUUAAGUUCUUUUUUAAACCUUUAAACUGCAUCAAAAGCAUUAUUUGUCAGAUGUGUGAUAAUAGUUUUAGUGCAAUAUGCUUGUAGGAAGAUUUUUUUCUGACAGAUUUUUCCACAUUUUUCUUGUUAAGUAUUUGCCACAGUAAGAACAGCGUCUAAAGCAAGAAUAAAAUCCCAAUGACCUAUAGAGAUUCAUCGAAAAAAGUUUUUGAUAUUUUUUAUUACCUGCAAGAUCAAUUUCUGGCUUUAACCUUAAGGUAAAUAUAUAUUUUGCUCAGAAAUCAGAUUCCCCUGUAAGUGUAAUUUCUUGAUUAAUGCCUUUUUGAAAUAGGGUUAAAUUUUAUGCUUAGGGUUUAAUCUAGUGUGUACUAUUUUUAUCCUGGAGACAGCUGAGCUUAACACAGGUACAAAAGGAUCAAUAGGUACAUAAAGGAUUUUGUAUGUUCAGAUGUUGGUUUCCAGUAUUUGUUAAAUUAUCACCUGAUUAAGACAGUAUCAGGAGAAACAGGAAUUUUAAAAUACAUUCCAGAAUUUAUUAGCAUAAAAAUGUCAUAGGAGCUUUGGAGAAAAAAAUCCCAAAUUUUUCUUUUGUAUUGGCUGUAUCACUUCUGUUGAUAAUGUCAUGGUUAGGAUCUGACCUCUUCCUCAUAUGAAGGAGGAUGAGAGCUUGUCACCAGGAUCUGACCUCUUCCUCAUGUGAAGGAGGAUGAGAGCUUGUCACCAGGAUCUGACCUCUUCCUCAUAUGAAUGAGGAUGAGAAGGCUUGUCAGCCAGGAUCU